GAGAAGACCCGGGCUCCGCAGUCGUCAUUGAACUUCAUCUUGCUCGAGUGCCCGGCGCUCUCAUCUUUUUAAGGACCGAGUCAUCCGUGUGAUGGAGAUUUGUCCCAUCCUAUGAAGUGCGCUUUAAUGGAACCCAUCAACAUGAACAUGACACCCCGGGCUGCCUUCCUCAACAACGUGACGGGCCCUCCGAACGUCAGCCACACAGGCGACGAGCAACUCACCAACUCCAGCAUCAACUCCGACAUCCGGUUGCCAGCCACGCAGUUCCGUGUCAUCAGCACCUUUGCCCUCUUCAUCUUCGCGGCCAUAAGCAACCUGACCGUGCUGUGCACCAUCUCCCACAACCACCGCAAGACCAAGUCGCACGUGCGCAUCCUCAUCGUGAACCUGACGACGGCCGACCUGCUCAUCACAUUCAUCGUGAUGCCCCUGGACGCCGUGUGGCACAUCACGACGCAGUGGUACGCGGGCGAGUUUGCCUGCCGCCUGCUUAUGUUUCUGCGCCUCCUCGCCAUGUACUCCAGCGCCUUCAUCACCGUGGUCAUCAGCUUGGACCGACACUCGGCCAUCCUCAAUCCGCUGGGCAUCGGCAAAGCCAAGGCCAAAAACAAGACCAUGCUGAGCGUGGCCUGGGUGCUCAGCGUUCUGCUGGCGGUCCCGCAGCUCUUUCUGUUCCACGUCAAGAGUCCCAAAGGAAACAAAAACUUCGUUCAGUGCGUCACCCACGGAAACUUUGUCGAGCAGUGGCACCACAAUCUCUACUACAUGUUCACGUUCGUGUUCCUCUUCAUCCUGCCACUCUUCAUUAUGAUAUUCUGCUACUGCCGGAUUUUGCUGGAGAUCUCCAAGAGGAUGCGAGAAGGAAGCAUUUCAUCCAAAGAAAUCCGCCUUCGCCGCUCAAACAACAACAUCCCCAAGGCCCGCAUGCGCACCCUCAAGAUGAGCAUCGCCAUCGUCAGCUCCUUCGUGGUCUGCUGGACGCCCUACUACGUGCUCGGCAUCUGGUACUGGUUCGACCGGAGCAUCGUGUCGCGCAAGGUCGUGCCGCACUUCGUCGAGGAGAUGUCCCUGACGUUCGGUCUGCUCAACGCCUGCCUGGACCCCGUCAUCUACGGCGUGUUCGCGGCGCACGUUCGCCGCGAGGUGCGCCGCUGCUGCCGCUGGCCCCGGACUGCGGCGCAUGACAGAGACUCGUCAUCCACGCCCGUCACGGGCUCCUUCCGCUACUCGGCCUCGUCCGUGCGGAGUCGCCGGGUGCCCUUCGCGUGCGGCGAGCAGCCCGAGGCCACCGGCGCGCACCCCACACCCGCCACGAGGCUGCUGCUGCACAGGGGCUGCUCAGUGGCGGGGGUCCCCGUGAACAGAGCGGCAGCCGGGAUGGCCCCUGGUGGGAAGGCGUUCUAUGAUGCCAGUGGUGGUGGUGGUGGCGCCGGUGGUGGCGGAGGAGGCGAAGGUUGCACUGAGAAAACUCUCAUGUGUCCUGAAAGCUGCAUCUGACUGGGCAGUGGUGGUGGUGGUGGUGUGGUGCCUACUAGAAGCGCGUGUGUGUGUGUGUGCGAUAGUUAAUUUCGUGAGAACGCACGAUGGGUUUGAAAGUUUGAGUUCAUGGCCACUACUUGCUUUGUCGUGUAUGUAAUCUGUGGGUAGCAUUCCUCCCCUUAGUGAGCUUCGUUAUUGUUUUCUAGUGAGAAUAACGCACGACACUGCGAGUUAAACAUUUAUUUAUGGAAACUGUAUGUUAGUAAUUUAUAGUUAUGUUUUAUUGCACUGUGUAUGCAUUGACACCGUACGUAAAUAUAUUACAUAUAUUUUUCUUAAUGUGUUUCCAUGCACAGCAUACAGUAUAAUAAAAAAACACAUUACAAUUAAAUGUGAUAUCUAAGAUAUUACAUUAUAUGAAAUCAAAAGAAAUGAUAAAAAUGAACAAUUUACUAUGUUUCCUCAAGAGUAUAUUAUCAAAGGUCUUUUCUAAUGAUAAACACUGCAAUAUAAAUAUAUCAAUUGUGAAUCAAAAAUAACUAUUCAGGUAUUCAGCAGGUAUAGGGGCGCACCAAGUAAAGAAACUCUUUGACAUUCAACUUCGAGUGGAGUACCGCACAAAAUUAGGUUUAAUGUAAGCGAUCAUGUGAGAAUGUCAACUACAGCAUGUAGUUUCAUAAUCUAGACUCCGUAUUAGUGCCAUAGAAAAAAUGAGGAAUAUACAUAAGCUAGGCAGUUUGCAUUUGUAUAUGGCACCGCAGAAUAGUAUAUUUGUCUCGCUGUAAGGUUGUACAGUUUUUAAGUUAUCAAGCCAACUUAUUAUAAUCAAUCUGUGCCACCUUUCUAUAUAUAUAUAAAGUGUGGUUUGUCAGCUGAAUUGCUAUGAUAUUAAAUAACACGUUUUGGAUGACACACAUCUCAAAAAACAGUGCAAGAUUAAACGUCUAUUUUUCACAGAGAUUUUUUUCAGCAAUUAGAUUAUUAAAACCUGCACUCUCUGUUUAUAAAUUGCUCUCGAGUUGCUAUAAAUAUAUAUAGGUUUUGCCGUUUACAAUAAGUGCAUAUUAGGGGUGUGUUGCUAAUUUUUUGGAUCAAGCAAAAAUAUAUCAGAAAAUCAGGGUGCAGAAAAACGAAAUUGAGGAUCCGAAUCAAAAAUUACAUCACGCAACAUAAGUCACAUGAGUGCUUUCCCCCCCAAAGGUUCCAAGUGGAUUACGUGGUAUUGGACGACAUCUCUUUUGCUAGCAAUUAAGACGCGUUUAUUAAAAUCCUGUAAAUUAUCUUUUUUUUAAUUUAAAUUAUAAAUUGACCUUCGAAAAUAAAUCAAAACUUGGGUUUUUUAAUCCAAAACUCAUCACUCUUUGGUGGAUGAAUAAUGCCAACUCGUGUGUGUUUGCUGCUGACGCACAGCACCUUUGUACAAUUUAACACAGAUUAAAAACAUAUAUUUAGUUGCGAUAAGAUUGCCGCGGUUUCGUUUUGUGAAAAUCGCUUUUCACAAAACUAUAUAAAGUUUUACUACAUGACGACUGUGACACUAUCAGAUUCCAACCACUUUGUAAUCGCAUUUCACAUUGUUUACAUCCCCAUGUUGUACUUUGAUGUACUUCAAUUCCGAAUAGAGAUUUGUUUUUAAGUUAUUCGAUUGCAGGCCAGUCAACAUGAGCCUGUCAUGAGUCUUUCUGAUCGUGAUAACUUUGCAAACUGCAAUGCUUAUCUAGAAACGUUUUACGUCACUGAUUUAAUUGGUAACAGCUAUUUUUCAUUUAGAACUUUAACUAUUAUACUUUGUCCGGAAUUGAAAUUUAAAAUAAGAGAACGAUAAUCACGAUUUACUAUACGAAAUGGACGAUACAAACAUCGUUGAUGUUAUAUCACACAAGAGAUAAAAGUAUUGCUAUAUCGUAGCGAUCCCCCUUUGCCAUUGUAAAAGAAGAAACCCAAUAAGCUCGAAUGAUUACGGGUUUUUUUGGAAACGAAAAUUUAAAUUGCAGUCGAGUAUUGUAUGAGGUAAUAACACCCACAUCACCUGGAAUGAAUAGCUGAACGGUACAUUAAUGGAAUGCAAAUUAGGUGCCAAUUGUUACCGCUAAAAGCGAUGUCAGUCCUGUCGCGUGUAAUUGUCAUUGCAUUCACGUGUCCCCAUGGGGCAAUUACACGGCCUAGCGGUAGUGCAUUCACUCUUUCUUGCAGAAGUCCUUUGAUUUGAGAACCAACGUCAGCACUGAUUCAUACUGCGCGUGUAAUAAUCACAGUAUGCGCCACGUGCUUUGCGGUGAAUGUUCGAGAUGUCCUGAUGUCAUUUGCAACAGUAGGCCAUUGAGUACAAGUUUAAUAACUACCCAUAGAUUACAGUAUUUAAUUGGACCUGUAACAUAGCCCCUUACUGGCAGACUAUUGCCCCAGGCCAUUAUUAGGUUCUCACUUGGUUAAACGCAAAUAAACUUGCAACUCUUCAACUUAAUAGUGGAAGUGGGAAUGUGGUGCAGCUGCAGUGCAGUGGUUUUCGCCACUGGACUAAGAAACCCGGCAAGCUGAGUUAAACUCCUGGCCACGGUUAACAUGAAUGGCAGAGUAAUAUCUGAAAGCCAUCCCUGUUUCUCCCCCCCCCCUCCGACCCGUUACCAACACAACGUGAUGAAGACUUAAAGCAGUAUUGAAAUUAAUUGUCGGCUGUACGUUUUUUAAAAUAUAAUUUUAAAAGUAGACUUAAAAACUAGUCUGACAACAACAAUACCGCAAGCUUAAAACACGCGAAAAAAUCGAUAAAGAGAAAAAUAACCCCCCUCCCACAAUACAAUCAUGAUUUGAAACACGUUGGAUAUAACCUUAGGAAUCGUACGCAGCAUGUCAGUGCACGUGCCGGGCACAUGUGUACAAAAUGAAUUGGUGUGCGUGAUUUAAAUUUUUUUUAAAAAUUGUGAAAUGCCACUGCAGCUGCCGGAUGUGACCCCCACCCCCGUGGGGCUCCAGCACGGAAGGAACCCGCGCUGAAAUGUUCUCUCCACCCAUCCCAUCGCGUGCUCCUCCACACUGGUCGGGGUGGAGGGGGAGGGGUGGUAGAGCAAAAAUUUCAUCACGCGCGGCACGCCACGUCCGAAACAUUGUCCCGUUUCCUAGAACAAAACACAACUUUGCACGCAGAGAGCCCUCCCCACACAACCCUCCCCCCUACCACCAUCAUCGGCUGUGCAUGUAUGUAUGUUGAAAUUAUUUCGCAACCGCACGUUAUUUGACCAUACUUCACCACGCUGGUCAGUGCGGAUUGGUGAAGGCGGUGAGAGGAUAUGUGGGAGUGAGUUUAGGAAGGAGUACGGUACAACACCGGAUUUAGCCUCACCCAUGCGAGCACUGCCCAGGCUCGUAUGUACGUAUGUUGAACUUCUUUCACACAGUACGUUGCCAAUCGUGCUCAUCGGAGGUGCGCAAGA